ACAUCUUCCAUUGCUGAAACUUAGCUACCUAUGCGGGGACUAUCUAUUUCAUGGCUCUGCUAGUGUUAAAUAUAGCUCAAAUGCUGACCUACAACUCCUCUACGAACGUAUCGCCCGUGUCGGCAUUUAUCACAAUCUUGCCCCUAAUACUCAUCAACCGCUUCAUGAUAAACUUACGGACGGUCGACUCAGAGGUCACGGUGCCGGGCUACUCUGUGCGCAUUACCGAUCGGCAGCAAGGACAGUCGACGCUGCAUUUCAGAAAGUCAACAAACCGGUUGGGCAACAUUGGGGAGACUUUGCAGGAUGGUUGGAGCGAUGAAUUCUGGGUAGAAGAGAACGGUUCCGCAGAGCUGGGCGGCGCAAGGCAUCGUGAGACCAGCGCGGAAGUAUGAGCCGACGCCGAAGAUUAUAUCAUAGCAUGCCCUGUCCCGGGCAGACAGCAUAGUACUAUGUUAGGAUGUGUAUUAAAUACGUUGGAUUCACGGCGCC